AUGGCGAGAGUUUCGAUUUUGUUGUGUUUGGUUCUAUUGGUUACAUUAGGAGUUGUGAUAAGUGUCUCAUUUGCCGACAAUAUUGAGGUGAAAUCGAAACAUUUGGAGAGCAGUAAGAAAGAUACUAAAGUUGAUCGUAAUAGCAAACACAUAGAGAAAGGAGGAGAAAAGAUAAACGAUGAUCGCAAUGCCGGUUCUGAAGUCGAUAAAAACGGUAAAAACGACGAAAAGAAAGACCAUGAUGUGCAUAAAAAGGGUGAUCAACAUGGAAAGAAAGACGAUGAUGAAGAGAAGAAGCAUGGUGAUAAGAAGAAGAGUGCUGAUCAUCUUAAAAAUGGUAGGGGCAGCGAUGAUGAUGAUGAAAAGGAGCAUAAGGAUAAAAAGAAGGGUGAACAUGAUGAUGAUGAUGAUGAUGAUGAUGAUGAAACUGAUACUGAUACUGAUGAUGAUACCGAUGAUGAUGAUGAUGAUGAUGAAGAUGAGGUUGAUGGGGAUGAUGAUGAAAAGGAGAAUAUUGGUUUAUAUGAGCUCAAGAAGGGAAAUCUAACAGUCAAAUUCACAAAUUGGGGUGCUUCAAUCAUGUCUCUCCAUUUUCCGGACAAAAAUGGAAAAUCUGGCGAUAUUGUUCUUGGUUAUGACAGCGUCAAAAGCUACAAGACCGAUAAAGUCUAUUUUGGAGCAACCGUGGGCCGAGUAGCGAAUAGAAUAGGAAAGGCCCAAUUCAAAUUGAAUGGCAAAGAGUACAAGACAGUUGCCAACGAUGGCAAAAACACACUUCAUGGUGGAAAGAAAGGGUUUGGGGAUGUAGUGUGGGCAGUUACAAAACACAAGUAUGAUGGCAAGAAACCUCACAUUGUCUUCACUUACACAAGUCCUGAUGGCGAUCAAGGGUUUCCCGGAGAACUCAAUGUCACGGUGACUUAUCAACUUGUCAAAAACAAUGAAUUAAGUGUGGUGAUGGAGGCAAUGCCUAAAGAUAAAGCAACUCCGGUGAACUUAGCUCAUCAUUCUUAUUGGAAUCUUGGUGGUCAUAACGCUGGAGAUAUUUUGUCUGAAGAAAUUCAAAUCCUCGGCUCAAGUUAUACGCCCGUCGACGGUGAACUCAUUCCCACCGGAAAUAUAUCUCCGGUCAAAGGAACACCGUACGAUUUUCUCCAACUCCGUCCUAUUAAAGAUAAUAUGAAGGAUCUUAAAACAGGAUAUGAUAUUAAUUAUUGCUUAGAUGGUAAGGCGGAUAAGAUGAGGAAAAUCGUGGAACUCAUAGAUAAGAAAUCGGGUAGAAAAAUGGAGUUAUCAGGAAACCAACCGGGUUUGCAAUUCUAUACCGGAGGAAUGUUAAAGAACAUCAAGGGGAAGAAUGGGACGGUUUACCAAGCUUACGCGGGAUUAUGUCUAGAAACACAAAGUUAUCCAAACGCAGUAAAUAAUCCAAAAUUUCCUUCACAGAUUGUUGAGCCAGGGAAAAAGUACAAACACACUAUGCUUUUCAAGUUCUCUAUUGUUUCAUAGAGCACUGUUUUAGAUUUGAUACAUGAAGAUAUAUAUAUCUUUGAACUAUUAUUAUCAAUAUUCAUGAAGAAGAAACUAGUUAGAUUGUAAGUUUGUAACAGCUCAAUCUUUCAA